CCUGACCGCCCCUCGGCAGAAAAUCACCCCAGAAAUGGCCGAUUUCCUGCAAGCCCUGAGGAAGAAAGUGAAAGUCGGCGUCGUGGGCGGCUCCGAUUUCGAAAAGAUUCAAGAACAGCUCGGGGAAGAGGUGGUUGAAAACUAUGACUACGUUUUCCCAGAAAAUGGUCUAGUGGCAUACAAGGACGGGAAGCUCUUACAUAAACAGAGCAUUCAAGGCCAGAUGGGUGAAGAACUGCUCCAGGAUUUGAUCAACUACUGCCUCAGUUACAUCGCUAAAAUCAAGCUGCCCAGGAAACGGGGCACUUUUAUUGAAUUCCGGAACGGGAUGCUGAAUGUGUCCCCCGUCGGCCGAAACUGCAGCCGAGAAGAGCGGAUUGAAUUCUACGAGUUUGAUAAGAGGGAAGGGAUCCGAGAGACGUUUGUGGCCGACUUGCGGAGAGAUUUUGCCGGAAAGGGCCUCACUUUCUCCAUCGGAGGCCAGAUAAGUUUUGAUGUGUUCCCAGACGGCUGGGACAAGCGAUACUGCUUAGGGACCGUUUGCGAGGACGGCUUCAAGAAGAUCUAUUUCUUUGGAGAUAAGACCAUGCCGGGCGGGAACGACUAUGAAAUAUACACAGAUCCAAGGACCAUCGGUCACAGCGUGACAUCCCCCGAGCAGACUAGAAAGCUAUGCGAAGAGUUAUUCUUUUAACCACAAGGUGUACCGAAGUCCGAAAGCAAGCUGGACGGAUGCCAGACCAAUCACUGUAAAAAGGGUUUAGAGGUGGGGGGAAAACGGGGAAUUGUUUUUUUAAAAAAAGAGUUGGAUAAGAAUGUUAUCUGCACGACGUACGUGUCGCCGUCUGGGUCCCACGUCAACUUCUGUGGCUCUGUCGUUGGCAAUCCAAUUAGCCCUUCAAUGUCGGGGUUUGAUUUUUUUUUCUUGCUGCUGUUCGGCCUUGGGUCGCCCUGGCGUUCUCGGACAGCAACUCCCAGAAGCCUUCGCCCCCAGCUCUGCUGGCUGGGAUUUCUGGGAGUUGUGAUCCAAGAACAUCUGGGUGACGCAAAGUUGGGAACCUUAGAGCUCUCUAGCCAAGGAUGUGACGCCCCUCGCCAGACAACAGAUCCCAGAGUUCCAUGGGAAGGUGCCACGAGAGGUGAAGUGGGUCUAAGCUGCUAUAACUGGGUAGUGAGAGAUUUUGAGCCAUUGACUUAGCAUCCCCUCUCAUGUGGCCGUCGGCACCACGGACAGCACGCACUGCGUGGCUUUAUUAGGAGCCAUCCUUGGGAAGAGAAAUACUUUGUGCCCUUCACUUGACUCCCACCAAGACUGUUCCUUGAGCCAUAUUCUGGGAGUCACCCCAGGCUUCUUAGAUGUCUCUUCCAGAAGCAGCUGAUGUCUUGAUGUGUCGUCACGCCCGUCCGUUUCCAUGAGAUGCGCAGUUAGUUCAGAAAUUGUCUUGAGGGUCCUAAAUCCCCCUGUUGUCUCUCAGUCUCAAAUCCCAUCCUGGCAGGUGAGAAGCAGGGUCUGUUCCUCGUUCUGAAAAUAGAGCGAGUCUUGGGGACUUCUCUCCAUAAAAAGGGACAUUUGCACGGGCCUUUGGAUGGACACAGGGUACCCUUUCUCAGAUCCACUCCCACCCAGGUUUCCUUCAUCGCCCGAUCUGUUUUUGCUGGCCAGCUGGAGUGGCGGUCCCUGUCUGGUUUGUAAGCUUGGCCACGAAGCAGCCUCGUGCAUAGCAUCGCGACGGCGCGCUGAGCGUGAAGGUUUGUCUCGGAUUUUGCCACCCCGUUGGGUGGAACAUCCUAGGAGAGCAGGAACAGCAUAAAUAAGGUGGCCAUGCUCACCAGGUUGUUCAGGCACUUCUGCAUGGAACCUAUAAAGGUGUCCGUGGGUGGGAACCACAGGCGCUUAUGGGAGAUGUAGUCCCUGGAAUGGCAGGCUUAGCAGCAAAUCCCGAAUCCCAUCCAUCUGUGCUAAAAUCAGCUCCCCUUGCCGUAUUUUCCUCUCAACCUUUCUUUGCCCCCAACGACCGCUUUUUGGAACCACUGCUCUGAGCUAUGUCAGUUGGGUAGGUUUAUGAUCCGUUUAUCGCGCCACCGUCCGAAUCCUCGUAAGGAAGCCUUACAUUUUCUCUGGACCUCAGGAGGCGUUUGUUCCAGUGAGGCAACACUGGUGAAAUUGCUCCAUCUACAGUAGAAUUUCUGUCAGCUGCAAAGCUCGUACGCUGUUGGGUCGGGGCACGUGUAGACAAAUUACAUUUUAUGAGUAAAUUUUUGCUUUUCCAGA